AUGAUCACAUUACGAUACCUUAGACGUAGAGGUUUUGGCAUGGCAUGCAGGGUAUUAAUGGGAUGUACAAUUGUAUUUAUUACCCUACAGAUCGCUAACUCAUUUCCAAGUCUCUCCAUUCGGGAACGACAGGCAGCUGCCAAUGUUGCUCCUCAUUCGUCUCAGCUACAAAAUUCAAAUGUGAACAUCCAAAAUUACAAUUUGAACCUUGAUCAACCAAACAAUGAUCACCUAAACGGAGCGUUUCUCUCGCAUUUGGAAAAGGAUUUUGAGAAGAACUUCUUACAUGAGGGUGCUGUGAAAAAUCCACAGCCUUUUACGCAACAGAUGCGAAGGAAUAGACAGAACGAAUUCUACGAGAACAUUAUCGUUCACUUCGAUUUGAAAGGAGCACCACCUCGAGUGUCAUAUUUCAUGGAGCUACUUGAGUUGGUCGCACGAUCUGGAGCUACUGGUAUCCUUUUGGAAUGGGAAGAUAUGUUCCCAUGGAAAGGCCAACUUGAAGUGGCUAAAAGCGAUGACGCUUAUUCACUUGAUGAAGUUCGAAUUAUACUUUCGAAAGCAAAAAGCCUUAACCUCGACAUAAUUCCUCUAGUGCAAACAUUUGGUCAUUUGGAAUGGUUUUUGAAAUUGGAACAGUUCCGAAAAUUCAGGGAAAAUGACGCUUAUCCACAAGUAUUAUGCUUGGGUGACCAGGACGGCGUCGCGGUGGUUAAAGAUGCUCUGAAGCAGGUGAUAGAUGUACAUAAAGAGUUCGGUAUCAAAUAUUUCCAUAUCGGGGCAGAUGAGGCCUUUGAGGUAAAUGUCUUAAGUAGAAGUUUAAAUCACAGAUAUCUUAAUUAA